AUGCACUUUUUAUAAUGAAAACAGAUUUUUUAUAUCAAAUAAUAAAUAUUUGACUAAAAAUUCAACGUUUUUGUUAUCAAUAAAGAUAUUUUUUAUACUUAUUUUAUUAAGUAGAAGCUGUAUCAAUUUAAUAGUUACAGCUACAAGUGUGUGGAAUAAGUAUUCAAAAAUAUUGAACGAUAGACAAAAAACGCAAGAAAAAUGGUUGGUGGAGAGUUCUUUACGAAUUAUGGAACAAUUCAACCAAAAUUGGAUACAAGUUUGUAUCCAAAAUUACCACCAAAUGAUGAGGAUACAACAACAUUUGUUGUUUAUGACACAGAAUCAGAAACAAAAACAUGCCAUCAUACAAUCGUACAUCGAUACAUACCAAUUAGCUUACGUAAAGCACUUGGUGUACAUUUAACGUCGUGGUUACUUACAUUGUAUGUUGUUUUUUAUUUGUUAUAUUUAACAGCAGGUGCAUUAAUAUUUUCAACGAUUGAAACACCACCUGAAAAUCAAUUAAGAAAUGAUUUAAGAGUUAUGAAAAUGAACUUUUUAACACAGCAUCCUUGUGUAUCAGAUGAGGCAUUAGAAAAAUUAAUUACAGAAGUGGUUGCUGCUAGUAACAGAGGUGUAUCUGCUGCAAAUAAUGUUAGUGGUUCACCAAAUUGGAGCUUUGGUCAAUCACUGUUCUUUUCUAGUACAGUUAUUACGACCAUUGGUUAUGGGCACGUUACACCAUUAAGUCAAGAAGGAAAAAUAUUUUGUAUGAUAUAUGCACUUUUCGGCAUACCAUUGACAUUGGUAUUACUAACGGCUUUAGUAGAGCGUUUACUUGUACCUUCUACAUGGCUUUUACAAACAUUAAAUUCACGCUUAGGACAUUUAUAUCAACCUUUUAAUAUUCAAGUACUACAUUUAUGCAUAAUUGUACUACUACUAGCCGCAUUAUUCUUAUGUACGCCAGCCGCAAUCUUUGCAUUAAUCGAACCAGAUUGGGACUUUUUAGAUUCAUUUUAUUACUGUUUUAUCUCUUUGACAACAAUCGGUCUUGGUGAUUAUAUUCCAGGCGAUUCACCAAAUCAACCAUAUCGGCCAUUAUACAAAGUUGGAACAACAGCUUUUCUAUUAAUCGGCUUAACAUUUAUGAUGCUAACAUUAACAAUUUUCUAUGAUAUACCUCAAUUAAAUUUGGGUACUUUGUUUGCUAUCCGAACCGAUUGUCAUGGUGAAUUAGAGAAAGUUCGUUUAGCAUCCGAUCGACAUAUUCGUGAUUCGUAUGGCUCAUCUGAAGGUAAUAAUGGACAUCGAGCUGUUGUGCGAGUACGAUCACGACGUGAUGAUAGUCCUAGCCCAGAAGACACAACUCCGGUGCAUGCUAAAGAUAUGCUAGUACCAUAAAGUUUAUAAAAUUAGAUAAUUCAUGGGUUUUUGUAUUAUUUAAGGUAUAUCAUCAAGUAUUAUUUUUCAAAAAAAGAUUUAUAUAAAAGAACACUAAAGAGUUUAACUGUUUUAUACAAAAUAAAAUAUCGAAUUAUAAGAUCUUGUGGCGACUAAUCAAUAUUGGUAUGCAAUAACAACGCUCAGAACGGCAAAAAUAAAAUUGAUUCAUACAUUGGGCCUUCUUAUACUUCAAAUGCAAUAUCUUACAAAGCUAUUUCUGCUAACCGAGCUGUUUUGCCUUCUUUUGAAGCAGUGGUAGUGGGGGUCUAGGUCCAAGGUGGAGCCGUUGCUCACACCUACCUCUUCUUCAGUACAGGAUUAAAAAUUUGAUGUUGUUUUAUAUAAAUCUUAAACAUAGUAUUAAUUGGUUUUUUUAGAGUUAGUACAGUAUACGAGGGUUAAACCUCCAAAUUCUUUCCUAUAACUCCGAUUGACUUGAAAAUUUGAAGGUAUGUAGAUAAGAUCCCAAGAAACAGAAGUUAUAUGAAGCCGAGUGGUGAUUUUUCCCAAAAGAGGUAACAACCCUCUUCUAGGGGAUGGAAAAUAUAUGUUGUAAAUGAUUACGGGAAUCGACAGAGGGAUGAAUUCCAGCAAAAAGUGUCAUUUAAGUAUAUUUCGAAAAGUCAAUACUUUACGACUUAUAAGCGAUGGAAAUUCCAAGUAUUGUUUUUUUCUUUCGAAUUUCAAUCGCCAAUAGCUCGGAAAGUAUUGGCACGGAAAGGAUUUAUCCCCCUAUAGAUUCCCAUGCCAUUUUCAACAUAUAUUUUUACAACCUCACCCCCAAGAAGAGGUGGUUCCCUGUGUACUUGAUAUCACUCAAAUUUUGAUUUAGAAGGUGUACAAAGCUUAAUCCCAAAUUUCUUCGAAAUCGGUGCUAUAGGACGAGAUUUAGAGAUUUCAUCUUUUUUUCUCCUCGUUUACUGGAGUAAUUUAAAUAAA